UGAGACCGUUUCUGUCGUGGCAGAUGUAUGAGCGCACUGGCGCUGACAUAAGCGUCGAGGCUGGGACUGAUCUGUCAGAAAGCGCACGUGUUAUACAGCCCAGUACAACAGUUUGUAUGAUAACGUAGUAGUGUUAUGUUUGAUCCAUUUGCUUUGGACCAUAACAAACUUUCAUUGUACAAUAGUUUCUCACACAUCGUAUUGGAGAGAUUCUGGAACAAAUGUACGAGGUGUGUGAUGCUCUGUAGUGGAUGAGAGCCCGUCGCCCUGCUCUCUAGUGGAUGAGAGCCCGUCGCCCUGCUCUCUAGUGGAUGAGAGCCCAUCGCCCUGCUCUCUAGUGGAUGAGAGCCCAUCGCCCUGCUCUCUAGUGGAUGAGAGCCCGUAGCCCUGCUCUCUAGUGGAUGAGAGCCCGUAGCCCUGCUCUCUAGUGGAUGAGAGCCCGUAGCCCUGCUCUCUAGUGGAUGAGAGCCCGUAGCCCUGCUCUCUAGUGGAUGAGAUCCCGUAGCCCUGCUAUCCGUUGGAGGAUGUGUGAUGCUCUCGAGUGGAUGAGAGCCCGUCGCCCUGCUCUCUAGUGGAUGAGAGCCCGUCGCCCUGCUCUCUAGUGGAUGAGAGCCCGUAGCCCUGCUCUCUAGUGGAUGAGAGCCCGUCGCCCUGCUCUCUAGUGGAUGAGAGCCCGUCGCCCUGCUCUCUAGUGGAUGAGAGCCCGUCGCCCUGCUCUCUAGUGGAUGAGAGCCCGUAACCCCGUUGGAGGUGUGUAAUGCUCUCUAGUGGAUGAGAGCCCGUAGCCCUGCUCUCUAGUGGAUGAGAGCCCCUCGCCCUGCUCUCUAGUGGAUGAGAGCCCAUCGCCCUGCUCUCUAGUGGAUGAGAGCCCGUAACCCCGUUGGAGGUGUGUAAUGCUCUCUAGUGGAUGAGAGCCCGUAGCCCUGCUCUCUAGUGGAUGAGAGCCUGUCGCCCUGCUAUCUGUUGCAGGAUGUCUGCGUCGGACUCUGAUUACUCAAUAGACUACCUGGCCAGUGACAGUGAGGAUAAUGACAACGACAGCGGCGUGGGACUGAGCCCCGACGGACACACAGUCAGGACGACACCUUCAUCCUCCUUACCUCCACCCUCAUCAUCAUCAUCAUUAAGGGACUCUCCCAGUAACACUGACUGCGGAUCUUCUAAGGACGGGAUCUCGAGGCUAAACAGGAAUUCCAACCACGAGGACCCCCAUAGGCUGAGCAGUGACACAGGAGAUUUCGGCGACUCUGGCCUCAGUAGGGACGGGGACAGUGAUAAUUCUAACGAUGCUGACCCUCGACUGAGCAGGGACAGAGAUUGUAGUUGUGGUGGCACCCCUCCUCCAGCCACCUUCGGGGGGGGCCGCUGCCCCAGUGAGACCCAGGGAUGUAGUCCUACUGUGUACAGGCAGCAGCAGCAGAGACUGUCAUGGAGCCCGACGUCCUCCUCUCAAGCCUGGGAUAGAAACAGUAGACAGAGUGGCACUGGGAAGCCUGGGCAGGGCAGGAAGAGGGCACACAGCCAUGGACGGCAUCCUGGAGACCAAGGCUGUAGGAACAGAGACACAACGGAACCUGGGGAGCCUGAGAAGGAUCAGCUGUUUGCCCAGAAGUGUAUGGAGCUCCAGUGUUACCUCCAUCCCCUGUCUUCCAUCCUGAGAGGCCUGCGCUGUGGGAGGUACUCAGAACGUCUUAGCCGUUUCCAGGAGAGCGUUGCUAUGGACCGGAUCCAGAGAAUAAUGGGAGUCCUCCAGAACCCAAACAUGAGUGAGCGCUACAUCAGUGUGAUCCUGAAGAUAGAAGCGAUGCUCCAUAGCUGGUUUCCUCAAGUCAGAGCCGGCCCAGGCCCAGACCCAGGCCCAGACCCAGUCCCAGGCCCAGGCCCAGACCCAGACCCAGACCAGUACACUGACAGCCAGGAAGAGCACCACACUCCAGCUAAGAGACACACUCUAGCUAAGCAGUACCAGACCCCAGCCCAGCCACCACCUCCAGCCUCUCCUCCCGUCGUCUCCCCCUCAGAGGGUGACCACCACCCAGCCCAGCCACCACCUCCAGCCUCUCCUCCCGUCGUCUCCCCCUCAGAGGGUGACCACCACCCAGCCCUGCGAGCCUCCGACAGACCCCUGCCCGGCUCCUUCCUCUACUCCUCUGCCACUCAUCUCAAACGUCUCCACACCGCCCCCAUCUGCUCCUCCAACCCAGAGACAGAGACAGCCCAGCAAGAGCCACCGGGCCUGGUCAGAACCUCCAUCGCCUGCUCCCUGGGAUCCAACCGUCCAGCCGACGACCAGGAACAAACCCAAGACGACGCAGUCUCCUCCAGCACUGACCCCCAGGGGAGCACUGUGGACCCCCACCUCCAGACCCACCCUUACAGAGUCAGACCCCGAGCCCACCGACGAGGGCCUCCGUCGGGGAAGAUCAGCUCGCCCUGCCUGGAGAGGCUGCUCCAGUCCAAGGAGAGCAUCAUCUCACCCAGAAACAUGGGAGGUCAGAGUCCGGGAGGUGGUGGGGAGAGCAGCCGUUCGUAACAGCUAGACUCAG